AUGGUGUUGGCAUUAAACAUGGAAGGCUCAAUGCUUUUGUCCAUAAAGUUCCGAAAAGUAUUUUUAAACAUUCUUUCGGUUUGGGCUUCUUGCUCGGCUUUGGGGUCGUCUCCUGAUUUAAUUUUCCCAGCCUCUUCUCCAACAUCAUUUCAAUUAGUUCCAAAAGAAAAUUUUCCUUUUCCUCCUGUUCCUAAUACUUGUCCCCCUCCUCCAAUACUGAAAUUAAACCCUCUCAUUACUCGGGCUGGGUUGGUUCAGUCUUCAAAAGUGCCUUCAUUGCUUACUUCACAUUUAACAGCUUUGCUUAAAUCAGUCAUUUCGGUUGGUCCCACUGUCAAAACUACUUUGGCAUUUAAUAGCAUUUGUCCUAUUUUUCGGGCCGUAGCCCCAGUAAAAUCCAAAGCACUACCUAAUUUCAACAAAGACAUUAAAGCAGCAUCAUUAAACCAACUUCCUGAUAAAUUAUUGGCUUCAUGUUCUCCGAACUUACUUAACUUAAUAUCGGAAGGAAUGGAUAAUUGUUUGGGUUCGGAAUUUCUACCAGUUGGCACUUGCUUACUUCAAGUUAUAUUUCGGGCUGCUCCUAAUACUCCUUCAUAUCUUACUUGGGCUCGGAAUAAUUGA